AGGGUCGAGAGUGUGUGAACUGCGGGGCCACCUCGACGCCAUUGUGGCGCAGGGACGGCACGGGACACUACCUUUGCAAUGCCUGCGGACUCUACCACAAAAUGAACGGUCAGAACAGGCCGCUCAUUAAACCUAAGAGGCGACUGUCCGCGGCGCGGCGAGCAGGGACGAGCUGUGCGAAUUGUAAAACGACCACAACCACUCUCUGGAGAAGGAAUCAGAACGGUGAACCAGUAUGCAAUGCCUGUGGCCUCUAUUAUAAACUACACAAUGUAAACAGACCUCUUACGAUGAAGAAAGAAGGCAUCCAGACCAGGAAUCGCAAGCUUUCAUCGAAAAGUAAGAAAAAGAAAGGUGGUCUUGCAAUCCCGGAAUGUCUGAAGCCCCUCGACAAGCCCUUCUCCAGCUUUGGCCCUGCGGGACAGCUCGGCUCUAUGUCCUCAAUGUCAGUGACCAUGAACCAUUACAUGCAUCAGGGCAACAUGCCCAUAUCCAUGGCGGGAUCCUUCGUCACGUCGCCGCCCAUGCACAUGAACAGCGCCCCUGGACUCUCUAGCCUGUCCCUCAGCUCGAGCGGCGCCCCCCUGCAACUAGGCACAGGUGGCCUAGGUUUGGCGACCUCCAACAGCAUGGUAGGGGCCAUGGCUUGACAUAGGGCUCCGCCACAGCCGAGCAUCGGUUGUUGGGAUGUCGGUCAUAGACAUCAUCACGACAAACUCGCCUCGUGUGCGCAACUCUGGACUACUCAAUUUCCGAACUCUCUGUCCGGGGAAGGGUCGUCCCCCCUGUGUUCCGGACUGGUGGACUACAAAGAAUGAUUUUUUUUUUCAUUCGAGUCAGAAAACUUAUGUUUGAAAAGAAUGCCGAUACGUUUCGCUGGAAAUAAUGGUUCGUUCCCGGGCGCUAGCGGAUAUAAAUACUGGAAAAGUGCUUUCCUCUCAGCUGAAGAAUUUUGAGUGAAGUCUCUUUUCUAUGCCAACCCAGUGACUCGAACGUGAAUUUUGAAUCACGCACAUGUCCUGAAGUCCGUUUAUUUUCAAGUACUCAUACCAUCCGAACGCAGAUAUCAAAUUCACUGAUACGUCCGAAAGCGAACCAUGGACACACGGAAGUGCGAUGCCUGUAUUUGACAAUUCAGCCGGAUCUGAUAUUGAACUGGCCGGACUGAUAAAGAAUCUGGAUUGUGUUAGGAGCGGAUAAGUCUUCCGAAGACAUGGUUGUACAAUGUAGUAAGGACUCUGUUGCCAAAUCCGGCAAUUUCUUAGGAACAGACACUGCAGUCUUUGAAAGACUUGUGAAUAAUUUUUAACUUGAAUAUUUUUGUUGUCACGUUUUCUUUCAUCAUGUGUGUUGUUUUCCUCAUCAUUGUCAGGUCAUGAUCAAAGACGGCAUUUCAUCA